AUGGCUUCGCUCGCAGCCAAAGCGAAGAAGGCGGCCGCGGCAAUCGUCGUCCCAAACUUCGCCAGUCGGCAAGUCGGUAUUGUGGUGUCAGCAGGGAAGAUGGAUAGGACGGUCAAAGUACGCGUUGCGGGUCAAGAGUGGAACAAACGGUUCAGAAAGCACUUCCCCUCUCACUCGAACUACCUAGUUCGAGAUCCCAACAAUUCCCUCGUUGAAGGCGACGUCGUACGCAUCGCCUCUGGCCACCGCACAUCCCCCGCAGUCCGACACGUCGUAACUUCCAUUGUCGCCCCCUUUGGAGAGCCCGUCGAGAACAGACCACCAGUGCUCUCAGAAGAACAGUUAGAAGAACAGCGGGUAAAGGAUCGGCUGCUGAAGGAUGUACGGGCGGCGCAUCGAGGGCGAGAUGUCAGCAUACAGCGGAUAGCACAUGCCAAAAGGCUGGGAUUCCCAAUACCGACGCUGGAAGAGGCGAUGCAGGGACAGAAGGAAUUCGAAAAGAGCGAGAAGGCGAGGAUAGAGGCCAAUGGUGGACCAAAGGGACAGGCCCGGGCGGCCCAUGAGAAGAGGUUGGCAGAGAGCGCGAAGACGCGGAAAGAGAUCAAGGCGGAACAAAAGCUCAAAGAGGCGAGGAAGCAGAGGGUAUAG